AUGUCUCACCAAACUGGAAUUAUUGCAACAUCUGAGCUGAAAGAUUUUUUGGCCCGAGCGAGGGGAGGUGCCAUCAGAAUCCUGAAGAUUAUUAUCAGAAACGAGGAAUUGGUGCUACAUUCAUACAAAGAGCCAGCCCGGAGCUGGGACAAGGAUUACGACCAGUUCCUGCUUCCUCUGCUCACGCCUCUGGAGCCUUGCUACAUCCUCUACCGCCUGGACUCCAAGAACGCGCAGGGUUAUGAAUGGAUCUUCAUCGCAUGGUCACCUGACCAAUCACCAGUGAGGCAGAAGAUGGUGUAUGCAGCGACUCGUGCCACACUGAAGAAAGAGUUUGGAGGAGGUCACAUCAAAGACGAAGUAUUUGGGACAGUGGAGGAAGACGUGUGUUUCCAGGGAUAUCUUCGCCACAGGUCCUCCUGCUCCUCCCCAGCUCCUCUCACAGCAGCUGAGCAGGAGUUACAACGAAUUAAAAUCACAGAGGUAACAAUGGAGUUUGGCUUGGACAAACGGGCACAGACUCUUCAGGGUCUUGCGUUUCCUUUACAAGAAGAGGCCAAACGAGCUCUGCAGCAACUCAAGCAUAAACGCAUCAACUACAUCCAGCUGAGGCUGGAUGUAGACAGAGAGACCAUCGAGCUGGUUCACACUAAACCUACAGAAAUCCACGAACUUCCCUACAGGAUUCCCACAGAUUCACCUAGAUACCACUUUUUCAUCUUCAAACAUUCCCAUCAGGGCCAGCAGGAGGAAGCUCUGGUGUUUAUAUACUCGAUGCCUGGGUACACCUGUAGCAUCAAGGAGCGGAUGUUAUACUCCAGCUGUAAGAACAGGCUACUGGACGAGGUGGAGAGGGACUACCAGCUGGAAGUCACUAAAAAGAUGGAGAUAGACAGUGGUGAUGGUCUGACAGAAGACUUCCUGUAUGAGGAGGUGCACCCCAUGGAGCAUACUUUAAAGCAGGCAUUUGUCAAGCCCCGUGGACCGGGAGGGAAAAGGGGCAACAAACGCCUCAUCAAGGGUGCUGGAGAAAACGGGGAAGAAAAUUAG